AUGGGGUGCUGUGGUGAUCGUGAAAAGGGCGCGGUCUCAAUGGAGGAGAAAUGGGACUAUGUGAACCUCGAUGAUUUCAAAUCCGACUCCUGCUGGACACCCUUCUCCUACUUCUUCCUUUGGGUGUUUCUACUUGUCUCGCUUGCCGUCUAUGCUGCCGAUACCUUUACCGCUGUCAAUCUGCUCGCCUUCUCUCGCUGGAGCGGUCGCGUGGAGCCCGCUAUUCCAUUCAGAAUCUCUCGUUGGAUUUUCGCCGUCUGUAUUCUCGUGUCCUUCGCUCUCUUGAUUUACCGAUGGAUGCUUGCUAUUCGUGCGAUGCGCUCUGGCAGUAUCACACGAAGCUACCUGGACCCUCUUGCCGUUCGCGUCCAGUGUUUCCGAGUGUUCACCAGGGAAGGUCGUGGGUGGAAACGCUUCCUUGUCUUUGCCGAAUUGACCAAAAGUAAGAAAGGAGCCGAAUAUGUCGCGCUUUACGCCUACUUCUCCUUUCAGUUCUGGAUGAACACCAUCUUCGCUGAUGGGCCCCGCCAGGUCCUCAAUGCCAUCACGCUGUGGUCUGUCCUGCAGGCCGACCUUCUCCCAGGCGGCAAAAAUGCGCCGAAAGACAAUGGAACCUCAGAGGUCUUGCAAUUCUUCAACAACGUGAAGAUUCUCGCCGAGGAAAAUAACCUUCAAGCCGUGGUUCUGUUCGGUAUGCUGUUUACUCUGGUGAUCUGGGUCUUGUCAGUUUUGAAACUGGCCUCUGCCGUCGUUCUUUACUUGAUCUUCUUGUUCCAUCACAUUCCUUCCGAGGAUGGGACACUCAAGGCCUACUGUCGUCGCAAGAUUAGCACUCGGUUGACGCGCAUUGUUCGGAAGAAGGUCAACAAGGCUUUGGCGUCAGGCUUCAAGCUACAAGAUCGCGCACCGACACAACCCAGUGUGGCAGGCGGGGAAACAAAACCGACUCUGCCAUCCCUGCCUCAUCUCGCGGGGGAUAAGACACCAGCUGUGUCGACCCUGUCGCGUAGUACCACGCAAACUACAUUGCCGCCUUAUUCGAGAGCAAACUCUACUGGAACCGAGAAAAACCCAACUCUGCCGAGCCUUGACUUUGAUAGCAAGCCGCCGCUUACUCGAUCAACAACUCAGUCAUCCAUGUCUGAAUCGGCAUCGUUGACUGGAAAUGCGGCUACAAUGGGAUAUAGUCCAUUGGAUCGCCAGAACACACCGCUGCCUCCUGUUCCACCUCUGCCGAACAACAUGCCUCCCUCGAGGACAAACACAGCCCAGUCACGACGUACGCCUGGGCCACAGCCAUUCCCUAACGAUCUUGGCCGAAACAGCCCGGGACCUGGAAUGCGCAACCUGACCGAUUCUGGUGCCCAGCUGUAUCGCCCAUUCAGCCCCGCCGUUGAUCCUUAUGCUCAGUCGCAUGGCCCCGGAGCCGCUGUCGAUCCUUAUUCCCGGUCGCAUACUUCCCGUGCUGCUAUCGAUCCUUAUGCUCGAUCACACACACCUGGUGAGUCCGUCACGGACGACUAUUUCGGCCGUUCACAUUCGCCGGGCUCCUCAGCUGCUACUUACGAUCCUUAUGAACCACCUGCCGGUUAUUAUGGUGACCCGCCAGAGGAGGAUGAUUAUGAUGGCCUGCCUGCCGGAACACCCAACAAUCAGAGGGCACCGCCUCGUCCACGGCCAGGAUAUCAGCCGCAAGAUGGUUACCAAGCCAGAUCAUAUACGCCGGCGAGCACAAGCGCGACGCCUCAUCCUCCACCUGGCCGAACAAUGACGCCAGCUAGCACAGGUGGCACACCCCAUCCUCAACCCGGUCGGUCAAUGACACCAGCGAGUUAUCGCAGCACACCCGGUCCUCAACCAGAUGGACACAUGCAAGGUUCACAACGAAACUACACGCCUUUCAGUCCCGAGAGUCCGGCCGACUCACAAUCCGGAUACGCGGCAUUCAACCCCAAUGCCAACAAUCCUCCAAUGCCCUCGCAAACACCCCAGCCUCGCAUGCAAAGACCGCCGCCUCCAUCUGGUUACCAGCCCUUCUCGCGCGCUAACACGGCGUCUCCCUCCAUUAUGAACCGCCCUCCUCCUGCAGGAUACGGUUUCAACCGUGCAAACACUAAUCAAUAUUGA